GCCAUGGCUUCCAGCCAUGAGGAUCUUUUGCCGCCUUUCUUGCCUGUUACGCCUGAUGAUCAUGGUGCUUGGGUUAUCACUGUGAGCACUAUCCUACUAAUUAUCACUAUUCUCGCGACGACAGUCGCUUUGAUAUCCCGCUUCCGUGUCCUGCGCAAAGUAUCCUGGAGUGACUCGAUUGUGUUUCUGAGUUGUGUUCUAUUCAUCCCUCAAACAGUGUGUAUUAACAUAGCAAGUUUCCAUGGAAUUGGCAAACAUCGACAUGCUUUGAGUGAUUCUUCUUUUGAAACAUAUAGCAAGGCUCUCUAUGCCAGUCAACUAUUCGCCGUUCUCGUUCUGACAUGCUCCAAAGCCGCCGUUGUCCUCCUUGUUCUAUCCUUGAAACCAUUCGAAAGGAUCUCCGCGGCAUGCAAGAUCGCCUUGGGACUGAUUGGCAUAUGGACAUUGGCCGCGCUUGUAGCGCUCGGGAUACAAUGCGAUCAACCACGUCCGUGGAGCUUUAGCCCUGAAAGAUGCCUAAAUCAACAUGCGCUAUACAUCAGCGUGGCCGCAUGCCAUAUGUUCUUGGACGUGUGUAUCAUCGGACUCCCAGUGACUCUCCUCCAUCAAGUUCAAAUAAUCCAAUGGAAACGCCAUCACAUCUCCGCCCUAUUCGCCAUGCGCGUUCUAGUCUUAGCUCUAACAAUAGCAGGCCUCCGCUCGCUCAAACCGCUGUUCCACUCCAAUCCCCCAGAUAGACCCUGGCACGCCCUCAUGCCAACAAUCUGGCUCCAAUUAAUUCUCAGUUCCUCGAUCCUCUGCACCUGCAUCCCAACCCUAAAGCGCGUGCUGGCUGAUCUACAAACAGGCAUGAUGGCAGGCGCUGUCUCGAACUUCUUUGAGCAAUCUGUCUCGGGCCAGAACUCAAAUUCGAAGGAUCGAUCAGCAGUCAAGUCUGGCAGUGGUAUUGGGCAGCGAUCCGGGUCGGCGACCCACUCCACAAGCCAAGGUCGUCAUUCCGCGUCCGCAUCCCAGUCCCAGAGAGCCUAUCCCGGUGUGGAGCGUGCGGAUAGUCAGGAGAUCUUGCGCGAUCAUGCAGCUGUGCACACUGUUGAUUAUGAUGUGCCCUAUGAGGGGACAGGGUCUAGUAGGGCUUCCUCGUCAGUUGCUAUUGACUCAUUUCUUUUUGAUGCUUCUUGUGGGGAGGACGAAGAACGUAUUAGUGUUCAUCAGAUGGUUGGAGGAAAUAGUUCCCGUGGCCGUGGUUACAUUUAG